AUGUCUUCCCCUUUGCGUAUUGCUUGUGUUGGCUGCGGUCAUGGUGCCCUCAAUGAAAUCUACGAAAGGAUUGAAGUUGAAAAGGGCAAGAAACACUGGGACUCUGUUGACUGUGUUAUCGUCGGUGGAGAUUUUCAAACUCUUCGGAAUGCAAAUGAUGCAGCCUGCAUGUCAGUCCCGCCUAAGUACAGAAGUAUUGGGGACUUCCAUGAGUACUAUUCUGGAGCACGCGUCGCACCCGUUUUAACAAUCUUCUGUGGCGGUAACCAUGAGGCCGGCAAUUACUUAUUUGAACUGUACUACGGCGGCUGGGUUGCUCCUAACAUCUACUACCUUGGUGCUGCAAAUGUUCUUCGUUUGGGUCCGCUUCGUAUCUCCGGCAUGUCUGGUAUCUGGAAGCCAUAUGAUUAUCGCAAACAUCACUACGAACGUCUCCCUUACAACUCAGAGGACGUUUCAAGCAUCUACCACAUUCGCGAACUUGAUGUACGCAAGCUGAUGCAGGUACGCACCCAGGUCGAUAUUGGUCUGUCCCACGAUUGGCCUCGUGGCAUUGAAAACCAUGGAAACACCCAUCAGCUCUUUCGCAAAAAGAAGUUCUUGCGUGAUGAUUCUGAGCAUGGCCGGCUUGGAAAUCAGGCUGCCCGUGAGGUCCUUGAUCGAUUAUGUCCCGCCUAUUGGUUCUCUGCCCACUUCCACACUCGGUUCGCUCUGACAAUGGGUCAUGAUGGCACUUCUCUUAAGAAAACAACCCAGUCUAUUGACGAGCCCGCAGAAUGGGGCUAUGAAGCUGAUCCCACCUCCAAGCCCAAGUCUACUCCACCUUUCAAGCCUACUUCGCCUCAUAAGCCUACAUUUGGUGGACCUAGUGGAUCAAGCGUCCCAGAGAAUGGAUCUGUUUCAGCCUGGAACACAUUUGCCCAAACAGCCCCUCAGAGAGACCGUGCAGAGGCUAAGAGGGCUCGGAUGGAGUUCAAUGAUCCCUCUCGUGUUUCGCAACCUGCAAUCAAGGCCCAGCAAACCUGGAAGAAGGUCAUAGCACAUGGCGACCAUCGUUCAUUGGUAGACGUUCACGCACCCAUUGAUGAACAACAAGUCAAAAACAACGACGAAAUUGACUUGGAUAGUGGCAGUGAAUCGGCCAAAGAGCAAGCCGUGAUUAUGACUGAUGAUGCCGCCACCACCCAAGACGAGUCAAUGGUAGAUGUCGAUGCACCUACUGAUUCCAGUCAACGUCAACGAGUUAAGAACACGGAUGAAAUCAACCUGGAUAGUGGCAGUGAAUCUGAGGCAGGAUCUCCCCCCAAUACGGAGAUCAUGACUAUGACCGGAGGUGACGCUGCUCAAGACGAGUCAAUGGUAGAUGUUAAUGCACCUACUGAUUCCAGUCAACGUCAACAAGUUAAGAACACGGAUGAAAUCAACCUAGACAGUGACGGUGAAUCUGAAGUCAUGACUACGACUGAGGAUCAUGUCGCUCACGAGCCUAUUACUGUCCAAGAUGGGUCUCCUGCCGAUGAAGGCGUCCCGAUUGCUAUUCGCGACAAGUUGCCAGCUAGCCUUUCCAGCAACGUCAGCAAGCUGCCCACAAGCCUAAGCCGCCCCACACAAACUCCACCUGCUUUGAAGGUGAUUCCAGAGGCCAUUCAAAACAGAGUAACCAAAUUCCUGGCUUUAGACAAACCGGGUGGUCACGAUCAAUAUCUGGAACUGGUGGAAGUGCAGCCUGUCAAUAACGAUACCGCCCGGGCCGAAUUUCAGCGUCCAUUCCGUCUUCAAUACGAUAAAGAAUGGUUAGCUAUUACUCGCGUUUUUGCACAAGAGCUUGAGGUUGGUAACGUCACUGCUUGGCCGCCCCAUCAUAAAGGUGAUGAUAUCUACCGUCAGGCCAUUGAGGUGGAAGAGCUAUGGGUUGAGGCAAACGUCAUGAAGCCCAACUUAAUGGACGUGCCUCUGAAUUUCACUCAAGUCGCACCAGUUUUCGAUCCCAACGUUCCGAUCACUACCAAUGAACUUCCACCAGAGUAUCCAAGCCCGCAGACUGAGCAGUUCUGCCGCCUCAUUGACAUUCCGAAUAAGUUUGCCCUUUCUGAUGAGGAGCGUGCGGAGCGCCUGGCUGCUACUCCACGACCCACUGUUCGUCGUGACUCUGGCUGGCAUGGCGGACGAGGCCAUGGACAUGGACAUGGACAUGGACAACGUGGAAGAUACGGUGGCCGUGGCGGUGGUCGUGGUCGUGGGGGCCAUCACGGUUGA